UGGAUCUUGACUUCAUGCGAUAUGGUAUAGAGCGAAGUGACAAUGCGCGAGUAACAAUUCCAGAAGCGUAAGCCACCCCCGAGUCCCGCCUGUCUGGAGGGUUUGUACCUCGGAAUGUAGAAGACACCAGAUUCGCAAGGGAGAAGAAAUGCGAUAGGGCGGAGACUCACCGAAGAUUCAACAAGAAUGAGAUCAAAGGUACGGAGGUACAAAGGCUCAAAAGAGGCAGAUCACAGAAGACGAUCUAGACGAGAGAAGAAUAGAGAGACGAGAGAUGAACCCGAGGAAGGAAAGAAAGAGGGAGAGAAAGAGAAAGAGAGAAGAGGAGAAGAAGGAAGAGGAGGAGCGAGAAGGAAGCCGAGCAGAUGGGAAAGACUGUCGGUUCCUUAGGCAGCCCCCCUGUGCGCCUGUGAUUCGACAGCGACUCCGCCUUCCAACUAAAUGGGCCUCCAGGAACAUUAUUCCAAUCCCCAAACACAGGAGCCGUGGCUGCCAUCCGGGCCACCUGGGGAUUUACCGGGUUGCCGGCAGCCUACUCCCUAGUAGUAUUCACAUUUCACCGAUUAUCACUACUACUUGCCUACUGUCAAAUGCUAUCUUCUACACUCCAUACUCCGAUCGGACUCACUGCACUCAAUUCUCAACCUGUUCCCAAACAGGCAAUCCUGAAAAGUGGCCUGAUAGGGAUGGCCUCUUCUCCGCCAAUGACAGCAGGCUUAUUCCCAGCUUAGUCAGUGUCACUCAUGCGCUAGUCCUGAUGGGGCCGAGUGACUAGAACGGGCCGUCGAUCAAUAAUCAAAAAUUAUGCUGGUGGAUUAGUGAAUUGAUGCUGUUUGUC